AUGGUGAAGACCGGGACCUGUCUCCUGCAAAAGUGUCAGCCGGAGCUGGCGAGGUGCUUGAUAGAUGGGGAGUGCGUGGAGAACCUCGUCUGCCUCCAGGUCUGCAAUGGGAAGGACGAUGAGAGCGGGUGCCAAGUAAAAUGUGCCGAUCGGUACAAGAAUGACAUUAUCGACAAGUUCAACGCCUGCGCCAUUACCUCUGGAGGCUGUGUGCCACAGAAAAUUGAGAAGGACACAUGGAAGGCCCCGCCGGCCUCGGCCAUCGAUCGCGCAUUUGACCCCGAGCUGUUCCAGGGCCGCUGGUAUAUCACCGCAGGCCUGAACCCCCUGUUCGACGUGUUUGACUGCCAAGAACAUUUCUUUGCGAGCCCUAGCCCAGGCAAGAACGGGGGAGUAAAAGCACCUGCACUCCUGCCCACAGGAUCCUUGUACGGCAAGAUCCGCUGGCGCAUCCCCAAGGGCAGCUCUGACUUCAUUGAGCGCUCCACGAUGCAGAGGUUUGUGCAGGACCCAGGGAACCCUGGUGUCCUGUACAAUCACGAUAAUGAGUACCUGCACUAUGAGGACGACUGGUAUGUUGUCGGCUGGGAGCCUGAUUCAUAUGCCUUCAUUGUGUACAAGGGACAGAACGAUGCCUGGAAAGGGUAUGGCGGAGCCACUGUGUACACCAGGGACUCCUCAUUCCCACCCGAGCUCACAAACAAGAUGCGAGAGCUGGCGAGCCAAGCCGGACUGAAAUGGGAGGAGUUCAAGUUGACAGACAACUCGUACAUUGCACAGAGCGUGGUGGGAUUGGAGAAGACGCUGCAGGACGAAUUCUACGAAGCUGAAAAGCAGCUUGCAAGCAUUGAGAAACAAUUCUCUGCCAGCGCGGUGUGGUUCAUCCGGCUAGGUGCGCGCAUGCACAAGCACCACUGCUCGGGGUACUGA